AUGGUCAUGGAGGAUGAUGUCAAUGAUAUGAAAAAAGUGUUUGCAACAUGGGGUCGACGAAUGGGGAAAAAAUUAGAUAUGUUGAAAAAAAAUGAGACCAAGGAAUCUCCCGAAGAACCAAUAAAAAACGAGAACGUAAAUGAUGAAAAUUCUAUAAUUAGUACGGGCCAGUAUAAGAAAAAUGGUAAACAAAAUUGGAAAAUGGGAAGGAGCAGUUCUGAUUCGGCAUCUAUUAAAAAAGAUAAUGACUCCGAUUCUAUUAGAAGUGGCUCAAGGGAUAGGUCACCUAGUCCCUUUAAAUCUUUCUUCCAUAGGAUGGGUUCUACUGGAAUGUUAAAUAGUUCUAAAACCCAGUCUCUUAAUACACCAAAAACACAGGACAAUUAUUCUAUAUCAAAUGGACCUUCUCUUUACCGUAGUUGUUCAACAUCGCACUUAUCUACAUAUAUUAAAGCAGAUGAUCCUUCCGAUGAUAUAGACUUACAAAAUACUAAUUCUGGAAAUAAAACCUCUCCAUCUAAACAAAAACAUAAUCUUAUAGCAGAUGAAAAUUUAGGUAAUUCAUCAACGAAAGCCAUUAGUUGUGAUAAUAUCCCUAAUAAAUUAGACGGAUCACAAAAUACUGGAUCGUGUAAAAAACCAAAUUUUCCGUAUGCGUUUUUGCGUUCGAAAUUGUCAGUUUUACCUGAAGAAAACAGCAUGGCCUCACAACAUAGAUCUAUAUCCGUUAGACAAAGUUUUUCAGAAAGAAUAGAUCGCAAAUCUCCAAAAUUAAGAAGAGAUAGAAUAUAUUUACCUAAUUCAAGAUCAGAAGAAAGAUAUCAAAGUAGUGAUAAUAUAUCUAUCCAUGGGGAAAAUAUUCUUAUGAAUGGAGGUCUAAGAAAUAAUUAUGAUUUUGCCAGGAGUUCAAUGAGAAGUAUUAAUGAUAGCGAAUUAAACCCAUACCAAUCUCGAAAUAUUGAAGAUGUUCCUAGAAGGUCAUCUAUGAUAUCUCAGAAAGCUCCUUUCGAUUAUGAUCCUAUGCUCACACCAAGAAAUAGAAACAGUUUACCCGUAUAUGAAUAUCGAGCAGCUUUAGGUUCCUCACAGGAUUUAAAGACUGACCUUGCAUCUUCUAACCAAAGUAUACAUCAAGAAGUCCUUCAAGCUCACCGAUUGAGUAAUUAUGUAAGCUCAAAUGAAUCCGGCUAUGACAGUGAUGGUAGGCCGACAGAUGAACACAGUAACCAUUCACCUCCGGGAUAUUUAUGUAAUACAAAAAGUAUAUCAAAUAAUAUGAAUGGUGAAUUGAGUCACAGUACGUUUUCACGCCAGUUGAGUCUAAAUCAAAAGAUAAAUGGAAAUAAAGUUCAAAUUCCAACUAGAAGAAGUUCUACUCCUUGUGCGUUAUUUCCUUUAGAGAAAAAUACAUCCUAUGAAUAUGAAAAUGAAAAUAAAUACAAACAAAAUGAAGUAAAUCAACUUAUAACGAUAGAUUACAAUGAUGCUAAGCCACCGCCACUGCCAAAGAAAACAAUAAAUAAAAAACUGCCCUACAUUUACAAAACCAUAACUUUAGAUGAACGUGUACAAACAAGAAAAAUCAAAUUAUUACAAUCACAAUUGGUUUCUAUUGACCAUUCUUCUACGCCUAAUCUCAGCGAAAAUGUUCUUAACAUGUCUGAAGAUUUGGUCGAUAUACAGCAAAUUCAAGAAACGGAUAUUCUUGGCAGGGGGCCCUGUACAAAACGCUUCAGAAAAAUAAGAUUGUUAAAGUCAAGAUUAGACGAAAGCUUGGGAGUAUAUCUAGCGCAGCAUAGAGUAGACUACGAAAGCGGUGGAUCUAACUACGAAAUUCGUUAUAUAGUUGUAAAACUUGAUUUUGAUGGCAUAGCACAUAGAGAUGGGAGGCUUCGAUUAGGCGAUGAAAUAGUUAAUGUGAAUGGUAAAGUUUUAAGAGGGCUAUCUUCUUUGAGAGAGGUCCAACAUAUUGUAAAUUCCUGUUCUACAGAAGCAACCAUUGAAGAAGGUGCACUAUUUCAAAGAUAUCAGGUAGACCUUGUCAUGGCACAUGACGAAAUAUCUCCAAUUAUAUUAAGUCGAAUUAUAAAUAAUCAGCCUAGUGAACAGAGUCCAAUGCAUUCUAUGUCAAACAUCCCACCUGACAUAAUACCUCAAACAAUACACAAACCUUCGUCAUCCAGUCAAAUUGUAAUUGAAACGCAUUUUCCAAGUGAGGAUCAAUCAUACAACCCACAUUUAAAUUUUACAAGUGAGCAUUAUAAUGAAAAAUUGGAAUCAAAUAAAAAAUGUGAAAUUGGAGUUCAGGUAAACAAUAGUCUAUUGUUAUCAAAUCAGAAAAGUGACGACGAAAAGUUAUUAGAACGUAACUGCUACACGCAAUCUCAUCCGUCUCUGCAAAACAUCACAAACAUAGAAAUUUCAAUGAGAUCAUCUCCAACAUUAAGACACGCAAAUAAUAACAAUUAUAGACCGAUAUCACUUCACAGCUCUCGCCCUCAACCGAUAGUUGGUUUAUCCGCCUGUAACGACAACGCUUCGAAUGAAAUUAAAGAAAAUCCUUCUCAUUAUAUAAAAAAUGCACAAAGAUUAUAUCAAAAUAGAUCUUUUGAAAGCAUACCAGAACAAUUGAGAUGCAAUAACAGUCGCAGUAGAUUUUUUAAUAGGGUGGGGUCACAAAGAUGUUCGCCUAAUUACGGAACACAUGUAUCACGUCAUCAAGAAUAUAGUAAUGGCCCAGAAAAUAUACAUGUUUCUUAUAACACAUUGCACAGAGCUGAAUUUUGGAAAGGAUCUGGUCACAAGAGUCUCGGAUUCAGUAUUGUCGGAGGAACUGAUUCUCCGAAAGGCCAAAUGGGAAUCUUUGUUAAGACAGUAUUUCCAAAUGGUCAAGCAGCUGAUAAGGGAACUAUCUAUGAAGGUGACGAGAUUUUGUCUGUUAACAACGUACCGACGCGUGGACUGAGCCACGCAGGCGCGAUAUCGUUGUUCAAACAAGUUAAAGAAGGAAAAAUAGAACUGACGCUUUCAAGAAGAAGAGCUCCUAGGUCAAGAUCUGUGGAACCUCUCGGCAAUUUUCGCGGUGACACCAAAAGAGAU